CCGAAUCUAUGCUUUAUAACAUUCCCCCGUUAUAUUAUUCCCAUAUUAGCCACAUAAAAUAUUCACCCUUUUCCCGAAUCUACACUUUAUAACGUUCCCUCAUUUCAGCAAAUCCCUACCACUUCACUCUCCUUUGUCUCCAAAUUUUACCAAACUUUUGCUUGAAUUUUGGCACAGAAAAAUAGAAAAUCAUGUCUUUAACCAUUAAAUUGCACAUUUCUAAUCACUCAAAUUUCUUAGCUCAACCCAAAAUUCAUCAGAACCCCACCAAAAUUCUCCCCAAGUAUAUCUACCAAACAAACCCAUUAAGACCCAUUGUUCUAAAUCAAACCAAAAUGUCAUCAAUUUCUUCCCAAUCCAAAAGGGUGAUAAAAAAUUCUUUAAUUGACCCAGAUGGUGGUUCUUUGAUUGAUCUUGUUGUGCCUGAAAAUGAGAGAAAUUUGAGGGUUUCUGAGGCUGAAUCAUUGCCUAAAAUUAGGUUAACAAAGAUUGAUUUAGAAUGGGUUCAUGUUCUAAGUGAAGGUUGGGCUAGUCCCCUUAAAGGGUUUAUGAGGGAAAAUGAAUAUUUGCAGAGUUUACAUUUCAAUUCAUUGAGAUUGGCAGAUGGGUCUUUUGUUAAUAUGAGUUUGCCCAUUGUUUUGGCUAUUGAUGAUAAAGCUAAAGAUGAUAUUGGUUCAUCUCCAAAUGUUGCUUUGGUUGCCCCUAAUGGUGAUUUAGUUGCCAUUUUGCGAAGUAUUGAGAUAUACAAACAUAAUAAAGAGGAAAGAAUAGCUAGAACAUGGGGAACUACUGCUCCUGGAUUGCCUUAUGCUGAAGAGGUUAUUACACCUGCUGGAAAUUGGCUCAUAGGAGGAGAAUUGGAAGUAUUGAAAGAAAUCAAAUACAAUGAUGGUCUCGAUCAAUACAGGAUUUCUCCUAAAGAGCUUCGAAAGGAGUUUGACAGGCGUGAAGCUGAUGCAGUUUUCGCUUUCCAGCUUAGAAAUCCAGUUCAUAAUGGGCAUGCUUUGCUGAUGAAUGAUACACGUCAGAGGUUACUGGACAUGGGCUAUAAGAAUCCUAUUCUCUUGCUACAUCCUUUGGGAGGUUUCACCAAGGCUGAUGAUGUGCCCUUGGAUGUUCGGAUGGAGCAACAUAGCAAGGUUCUAGAAGAUGGAGUUCUUGAUCCGGAGACUACUGUUGUGGCCAUAUUCCCAUCUCCCAUGCAUUAUGCUGGUCCAACUGAAGUACAGUGGCAUGCCAAAGCUCGAAUUAAUGCUGGUGCUAAUUUUUACAUUGUUGGUCGUGAUCCUGCCGGUAUGGGUCAUCCAACAGAGAAAAGAGAUCUCUAUGAUCCUGACCAUGGAAAGAAAGUUUUGAGCAUGGCACCUGGGUUGGAGAAGUUGAACAUUCUACCAUUUAGGGUUGCAGCAUAUGAUACUAUGGCAAAGAAGAUGUCUUUCUUUGAUCCUUCUCGUGCUAAAGAUUUCCUCUUCAUUUCUGGAACCAAGAUGCGUUCUUUUGCAAGAACUGGAGAGAACCCUCCUGAUGGCUUUAUGUGCCCCGGAGGAUGGAAGGUAUUGGUCAAUUAUUACGCAAGUCUACAAGAGGUAGAGAGUAAGCAGCCAGCUACAGUGUCUGCAUAGAGCAGAUGGCUAGAUGCACAAGUUUCUACUGUAAUGUAGGUCAAUAUAAGUGAUUAUGAGGCUCUGAACACACAAGGCUACAAGAUGAUUAAGCUAGCAUAGGACUAUCAGAAUUCCUUCCGUCAGGCAUCAACGAGUAUCACACAUCAACUCUUUGGGGUUUGCCCCCGGCGUUUUUCUCUUGUUUUCCUUAAUUGGUGACCCUGCCUCUUUUCAUUUUCUGGUUUAGAGUUUUUGUUGGGGUCUUAACUUUUUUUCCCUAGUUGAACAAAUGAUGAUUGAUAAUUGAUUCCGGAUUCUUUACUUGUUCUUUUACCUCUACAUCUAAGGAAUUUUUUAUUGGUAUUGUUGAGUUAAAAAAA